CUCUUCACAAACCCCAUCUUCUUCUUCUUCUUCUUCUUUCUUUUGAUCUCUCAAUAGAUUCUCUGAAAUGGCCGAUAUUGGGAGCUCAGCUUCUGGGAGCAGAAUGUGGUGCUCCAUUCCCGAGAAGCUUCAACUCCAUGCCGCCAUGCUGGCCUUGCAGUUUGGCUACGCUGGCUUCCACGUUGUCUCAAGGGCUGCCCUUAAUAUGGGCAUUAGUAAACUUGUGUUCCUUGUUUACAGGAACAUCAUUGCCUUUCUCCUCCUCCUUCCCUUCGCAUAUUUCCUCGAAAAGAAGGAACGCCCUCCCAUUUCUCUCAAUUUCCUCCUUCAAUUCUUCCUUCUUGCCCUCGUUGGAAUCACCGCCAACCAAGGGUUCUACUUGCUAGGUUUGGAGAACACGUCCCCGACAUUUGCAUCGGCUAUACAAAACUCGGUUCCGGCCAUUACAUUUCUCAUGGCAGCAUUACUCCGGAUAGAACAAGUGCGACUAAACAGGAAAGAUGGUAUAGCGAAAGUGAUGGGAACAAUAUGCUGUGUUGCUGGGGCCACAGUGAUCACUCUCUACAAAGGUCCAACCAUAUACAGCCCUGGUGCUUCGCUGCAAGCAGCCACCAUCUCACCCAUUUUUGCUUCACUUGGGGACGCAAACGGCAAAAGCUGGACCCUGGGCUGCAUCUUCUUGAUCGGCCAUUGCUUGUCCUGGUCUGGAUGGCUUGUUUUGCAGGCCCCUGUUUUGAAAAAAUACCCGGCUCGUCUCUCUGUCACUUCUUAUACAUGUUUCUUUGGGAUCAUCCAAUUUGUCUUCAUCGCUGCCAUUGCUGAGAGAGAUUCUCAGGCUUGGCUUUUCCACUCGGGUGGCGAAAUUUUCAGCGUUCUCUAUGCAGGAGUGGUAGCUUCGGGAAUUGCUUUUGCGGUGCAGAUAUGGUGCAUUCAAAGAGGUGGCCCGGUGUUCGUGGCUGUUUAUCAACCAGUUCAGACACUCGUUGUCGCUGUCAUGGCUUCCUUCGCGUUGGGUGAAGAGUUCUUCUUGGGAGGGAUCAUCGGGGCAGUGCUGAUCAUCACCGGCUUAUACUUCGUCCUAUGGGGCAAAAGCGAAGAGAGAAAAUUUGCACUUGAGAAGGCUGCCAUACUCUCCGCUUCAGACCACGGUAACAGCAGAGCCCCCGCCCACAUCAAGCCCUCCAUUACUCAGCCACUUCUCAUCCACUCAACAAACGACAACGUUUGACUUCACCCACCUCAAUGUCCCAACUCCAUGUUUCCCACAGUCUUAAAAAGCAAGCUUGUGUGUGUACUAAGAUUUUCAUCUUUCUUUUCUUUUGCCCAUCUUUUGUUGACUUUUUUUUGUUAAACUAUUAUUUUUCUCAAUGGCUUUUGUUAAUUAGAGAUGGGUUUGGGGGAAAAGUAAAAGGGAUGAACUAUAUUUGCUGUU